GGGAGUAAAUGCAAGCAGAGACUGUGCAGAUUUGCCCAACCAACUCAUUAAAACGCCUAUUGAUGUUCAUCAUCUAAACCAGUUUUUUGUUCCAUAAAUUUCGUCCUGUCUCUUUCCCACAGCUUCACCAUUAUUGCAUGACUUGACUCUAUACAAGUUUUUGCAACCAGCAAAAAUGAAGAUUUUUGCAGCUCAGGUGGAGGAAGGAAAGGAAGGACGAAACGGGGAGCCCUCGGUUGGACCCGUGUAUCGACAUUUGCUUUCCAAGAAUGGGUUCCCUCCACCUCAACCUGAUUCAACAACUUCUUGGGAUCUCUUCAGCAAGUCUGUUGAGAGAUAUCCGGGGAAUAAGAUGCUUGGGUGGCGUAAAUUGGUUGAUGGGAAGGUCGGGCCUUAUGUCUGGAAAACUUACAAAGAAGUUUACGAUGAAGUUCUGCAAAUUGGUUCGGCCUUGCGAGCAUCUGGGGCUGAACCGGGCUGUCGAGUUGGGAUUUAUGGAGCUAACUGCCCCCAAUGGGUUGAGGCAAUGGAGGCUUGCAACGCCCACAGUUUAAUUUGCGUGCCUCUCUAUGAUACCCUCGGGCCUGGGGCGGUAAAUUUUAUCAUAGAUCAUGCGGAGAUUGAUUUUGUUUUUGUCCAAGACAAGAAAGUGAAAGAACUACUGAAUCCUGCCUGCACAUCAGCUCAACGGCUUAAAACAAUUAUUUGCUUCACCUUGUUGUCUAAGGAGGAGAAGGAAAAGAUUGCUCUGUUAGGGAUUAAAUCAUACUCAUGGGAUGAGUUCCUCCACUUGGGGAAAGAAAAUACAUCAGAGAUGCUGCCGCCUCAGCCUUUUCAUAUCUGCACAAUUAUGUAUACAAGUGGCACCAGUGGAGAUCCAAAAGGGGUUGUCCUAACACAUGAAACAAUUGCCACAUUUGUAAGAGGGGUUGACCUCUUUAUGGACCAAUUUGAAGACAAGAUGACGUCGGAUGAUGUGUAUCUGUCUUUCCUACCUCUUGCUCACAUUCUUGACCGCAUGAUCGAGGAAUACUUUUUCCGAAAGGGUGCUUCUGUUGGUUAUUAUCAUGGAGAUUUGAACGCAUUGAGGGAUGAUUUGAUGGAGUUGAAGCCAACACUUCUGGCUGGUGUGCCUCGAGUCUUUGAAAAGAUUCAUGAAGGCAUAAAGAAAGCAUUGGAAGAACUCAGACCUCUGCGGAGGCGAAUUUUUGAUGCUCUCUACAACUACAAACUUGGAUGGAUGAAUAUGGGGUACAAGCAGAAAUACGCGUCACCUUUGGCAGAUUUCUUAGCCUUCAGGAAGGUAAAAGCUAGGCUGGGCGGUCGCCUUCGACUGGUACUAUGUGGGGGCGCACCUUUGAGCACUGAGGUUGAAGAAUUCUUACGGGUUACUUGCUGUGCCUUUAUGGUCCAAGGCUAUGGGUUGACAGAAACUUGUGGGCCAGUUACUGUUGGAGUUCCAGAUGAAAUGUGCAUGGUUGGUGCUGCUGGAAUAGUAGGCGUAUACAAUGAAUUACGCCUAGAGGAAGUCCCAGAUAUGGGCUACCAUCCUUUCUCUGAUCCUCCUACUGGCGAGAUAUGCGUGAGAGGCAAGACUCUUUUUGCUGGGUAUUACAAAAAUGCUGAACUCACAAGAGAAGUUAUUAAAGAUGGGUGGUUUCAUACAGGGGACAUAGGGCAGAUACUUCCCAAUGGAAUUGUUAAGAUUAUUGAUAGAAAAAAGAAUCUUAUAAAACUGUCCCAAGGAGAAUAUGUAGCUCUUGAAUAUUUGGAAAAUGUUUACAGCAUAGCUCCAAUUGUUGAAGAUAUAUGGGUCUACGGGGACAGCUUCAAGUCAUUGUUAGUAUCAGUUGUUGUGCCGCAUGAAGAAAGCACCAAAAAGUGGGCAUACUCAAACGGGCACAUGGGUUCAUUUUCGGAACUUUGUUCUCUUGAUCAGCUAAAGGAUUAUGUCCUCUCAGAGCUAAAUUGUGCAGCUGAGAAAAAGAAGUUGAGGGGCUUUGAAUACAUCAAAGGAGUCAUUUUGGAUCCUCGUCCCUUUGACAUGGAAAGGGAUUUGGUCACUGCCACGUUGAAGAAACGAAGAAACAAAUUGCGCCAGCAUUAUCAGGUGGAAAUUGAUGAGCUCUAUGGGAAAUUGGCUGUAGAAAGGCACUGAUGAAUAAUGUUAAGAGCUAAAAUGUUCAGAAAAAAUAAAAAGCAGAAACAACCAAAUGCUUAUAUGUAAAGGACCAUCAGUUCAGUUGAUCUGCUAUGUAAUUGGGUUGUGCUUGUGUUUAAACCCAUCUUUUUCUUUUUUUCUUUUUUUGCCUUGCCAUCUAAAAUCUCGUAAACCUAGUCAAUCAUGCACAAACUUAUUAUUUGUCUAGGACAACAAAAGCAAACUAUCUAUAAAAAUUGGCUGCCGUAUUUCCUAGAA